AUGAAGACACUUAAUUGUUACGUGCUGUUAGUUUGCUGGAAAGCUCUUUGUUGCAAUAGCUGUCAGCUCACCAAUAUUACUAUAGCAGUAGAAAGAGAAGAAUGUGAACUCUGUAUUACUGUGAAUGCAACGUGGUGCUCAGGAUACUGCUUCACAAGGGAUCCAGUAUAUAAAUAUCCACCAGUAUCAUCUGUUCAGCAAACAUGUACCUUCAAGGAGGUUGUGUAUGAAACAGUAAAGAUCCCUGGCUGCGGUGACCAUCCCGAAUCUUUUUAUUCGUACCCAGUAGCUACUGAGUGCCACUGUGAGACCUGUGACACUGACACCACUGACUGCACUGUGAGAGGGUUGGGGCCAUCCUACUGUUCCUUCAGUCAGAAUGGAAGUAACCAAUGA